UCAGGAAAAUUAUAUGAACCCCUCCGUGCUAAUACUAUUCAGCAAAUACUUAAUAAACAGAUUCCUGAUCAAGAUUUCAAAAAUAGUGAAUUUUUUAUAGAACCCGUGGCUCUGUCACGG